UCAUCAUCGCCUCUCGACAUGGCCUCGGCCAAGACGCUAAAGUUGGCCGUCUACGAGCUGCUGCAGUUUGCCGCACUGGCCGUCCCCGCGUUAGUGCUCUCCGAGCGCUUCGCCCGCCUGCUGAGCAACGUGAGGGGACGUGACGCCACCACCUACUGGCUGGUGGUGGCCUCCUCCGUGGCCUACGUGACCUCCUGUGCCCUGCUGGUGUGGCUGCCCCUCAAGUAUUACGUCCUGAGGGGGCGGAGACUCAGGACCACACGAUGGAGACCAACAGUGCUGGCUUAUCUCCUCUUGUGCACGCUGCCUUGCUUUUCGAUUGUAAUAGCAAGCUCCCAGGUGCAAGUCAACGCAGGCGUGCGCCUGGACCACUUUGCUGAGUUGCCCGUCUCUUUGGUGAUGUUUUCGCUCAUUUGCGUGGACCUGGUAGAGAGGCUGCGGCCCUUCAAGCUCCUCGGACAAUCAGACAACGUGGACCUGACCUUUGAACUAGCUGCCCCGGUCCAGAUCCACCUGGAGACAGUCAGCUCCAACGACGCCCAAAAUGACGCCACGUCCAACCACCAAUCAGAGUCCCCCAACAAGUCUUACGCACCCCACCGGCGCUCUGACCGCCACGCGGGCCGCUCCACGCCAAUCACUUCCAGAUCUUCAGGUGCCGCCUACCUGUACUCGUCCUCGCGAGCCUUCCCAGGCCGCCUGGGCUUCCUAAUGAGGAAUGAUGGCAGGUUGGAGGCGUUUGUGGAUUGUUUCCUGUUCUGGUUGGACACAGUGGAGAUGGUGCGGAUGGCCGGCGAACCGACCACCUUCUACUCGGCCUGGGUGUACCCAGUCUUCAUCCUGGCUUUCCUGUCCAGCCUGCGGGCCACUCUCAUCCCUCAUGGCCCAUUUUCAUCCAUUGCUGGGGUGGCCCUCCAGGACCUACCCUUCUUGGUCACGCGGGUGACCCUGCUGGCCAUCUUCGGACUCAUCACGCCCGUUUUGUUUCCACUAAAGAACGCUUUGGUCAGCCUGGCCUUCUUCUACUUCACCUGUGUGACCAAGAUAUUCAAGAGUCACAGUAUGUUCUGACACACACACACACACACACACACACACCAUAAUCAUCAUAAAUAUUCUUAUUUACAUUUUUGUACAACACACGUUAAUCUUGGGAACAUUUGGUUCUCAAAAAUGUGAGACUUCUCCCAGCAAAAUGUCAAAUUCAAAAAUAACAAAUGCCCUAAAAGAAUAUUUUAGUUAUAUGUGAAAUGUCCUAAAUUUUAUAAAUAUAUUUUUGUUUAAUUUGACAAACAAAACUGUUUAACUUUAAAAAAUAUAUUUAAUUACUGUAUGUUUUUUUAAGUACAAUAUUUU